CAGUUGAAAAUCCCCGGAUGAGAAAUUCGCGGCAAAAUUUUUUAAACCGUGACUUACUUCCGCUUCUAAUCCUAAUAUUUAUUUUUUUAAUACGAAUCUAUUCAAUUCCUGAUUAAUAUUUUUUUUUAAAUAAUUAUUUAAAAAAUGAAUUAGUUUUCUGAAGAAUUCAUUUUUAUUCAAUGGUAUUUUUUCAUUAUACAUUUUCAUAUAAAAAAUAAAUCAUGUGGCUCAUCAUUCUUUGUUGUUUAUUUUUACUCGUCAUCAAAAUUUUGACGGAGUGGAGACGAGAGUCCAAAUUUCCACCAGGACCCCAAGGUCUGCCAGUUUUGGGAAACAUUUUGGAUUUAAAGAAUCUUUUAAAUGAAGCAAAAUAUUUCUCUGGAGUUUAUGCCAAAUUAGCCGAGACUUAUGGGCCAAUUGUGGGCCUGAAAUUGGGACUGGGCAACCCUAUAAUUUUAGUUUCUGGUCGAGAUGCGGUUAUGGAAAUGCUGAGUCGACCCGAAUUUGAUGGAAGGCCUGAUACUUUUUCCCAUCGGUUUAGAACAAUGGGAGAAAGAAGAGGAAUCAUUUUUACCGAUGGAAAAAUUUGGGACGAUAACAGAAGGUUUUCUCUGAAGUACCUCAAAGAAUUUGGAUUCGGCAAAAGAUCGAUGGAAGAUUUAAUUUUGGAAAAUGCAGUUUCCCUCACGAUGAGUAUCGAAAAGAAAAUUUUGAGUGGAAAUAUAAUUGAAUAUUUUCCUCGAAUUUCGAGUGUUCCUGUUUUGAAUAAUGUUUGGUGUUUUAUAGCCGGUUCUAAACUAACAGAGGAAAAUCCAAAAGUGAAAGUAGCUCUGGAAAUGUUGAAUUCUAAUACUCGAAAAAGCACCGUAACUGGUGUGCUUUUGGACCAUUUGCCAUUUUUGAGAUUUAUUAUCCCCGGAUAUACAGGCUUUUCUGAACUUGAGGAACGCCAAGAACGAAUGUGGAAUUUUUUUAUAGAGGAAUUGAAAGCUCAUAAAAGUAAAAAAGUCAAAGGCACUUAUAGAGAUCUUAUUGACGCCUAUCUUGAAGAAAUAGAACUACAACAAGAUGAUCUAACCUCAAUAUUUAAUGAACCUCAACUUCUGGCUCUCAUCAAAGAUUUUUUUUCUGCUGGAGUGGAAACUACCAACAACAGUCUUGGUUUUGCAAUUACUUAUAUUGCGAUAAAGAAACAGGUUCAGGAGAAAUUACACGCAGAAGUUGAUAAAAUGAUUGGGAGAGAAUCUCUGCCUUCCCUCGCUUACAAAAAUCACUUGCCUUACCUGCAAGCAACAAUAGCAGAAGUUUUGAGGAUAGCAAAUAUUGGACCAACAACUAUAGCACAUCGGGCAAUUGCGGAUUCUACACUUUUGGGUUACAAUAUAAAAAAAAAUUACUCCAUGCUCGCCAGUUUAAUUAGUGUCAAUAUGGAUAAAAAACACUGGGGGGAUCCCGAAAAUUUCAGGCCUGAAAGAUUCAUCAAUGAAAAGGGAGAAUUCGUUGAUGACCCUUGGGCCCUACCUUUUGGCGCAGACUUAGAAGGUUCAACAACGAUUGGAGAAUGA